UUGGGAGCUGUUCUCACUUGGAUCACCAAUUUAGUCACAAAACAAAGAUGAUGUUUGGGGAACGUCUGUUUGGAAAACAGAAUUUAAAAGCAAACUACCACCUUCUACAUUCUCAAGGCUGUGAAAAAAUUGUAACAAAAAAUGGCGUUCCUCCUGAACUGAAGUCUCAGGAUCAAAAGCCACAUCUUCCAUCCAGACAUGUACAGGAACAUCCCUUUACAGAUUAUCCAGGCCCAGACUGCUUCCUUUCACACAGCAGUUCUCCAAAUGAGUCCUACACAGAUCGACUCAACCCUUUAACUGCACGAACUGACACAAUGCCAAAGCAACCUCCUAGCUGCUUAAGUGAAACAAAUGGAGAAAACAAUAGUCAUUCAGAAGAUCUUGAUGUAAAACCAGGGAGCCAAACUAGUAGUCAAGCAUCAAGUAAGGGGAGCCCAAAGAAGAGGAAGAGCAGCUCCUCAGAUGAAGACUGUUCUCACAAGUCUUUGGCAUCAAGAGAAGCUACCAUUGGUUCAAAGGCAAUGGUAUUCAUUUCUGAAACUGAAGAUACAGAAUCAUUUAAUAAUCACAAAUCAAAACAUAACGGUUUAGGCUUUAAAGAUACAAAGAACCAAGAAGACGGCUCUGUGAAUGAAAGUAGAGCUGAUAAGAGUGAUGUAGACAAAUGCAGUGUCAAGUUAUUAGAAUUGGCACAGGAAGAACCACAGAGAAAUAGUAGACUGAAGAAAAUACCAAUAACAAUAAAAGAAAAGGAACAAAGCCUUUCUGAUCACAGUAGCACACAGGACGAAGAUGAUUCAGACCAAACUGAUAGCAACAAAAAAGUAACCAGUGAGAGAGAUGGAGAAAUGUCAAAUCAAGAUAUUACUAGAUGUUCCUCUGUAGAGGGUGAUCAUAUCUCUGGAUCAAGCCCUUCAUCCUCGGAUUCUUCUGAGAAUGCGUCCUCAGAAUGGCAUGGUGGUGAGGACAAUAUUAAGGUAUGCAAGUCCAAACAAGACAAUGCAAACGAUCGUGAGGAUAGUGACUCAGAGGACAUUAUAGUCUCACCGCAGGACAGGCCUAAAAUAAUACAUGUUAUCCCAGAGCGUGUGGUAAGACAUCAGGACAGUAACAGUAAAAAGACAUCCUCAGAUGAUGAAGACCCUGAUGAUUCGCAUAAUGGCGAUGAUAUAGAGCAUGUUCUUGCACCUCCAGCACAAACACAGAGGUAA